GCACUGCCUCUCAGCUUCCUCCUCCUUAAGUCUUAGUGUUGCCCCUUGUAGAACUCAGUAGGGAGGAUGGGGGACAAAGACUGGCUCUGACUCCACUUACUGUUGGGCUCCCUGCCUUCUGCCCCGCCAGCCCCUAUGGGCCUCAGUCUAGUUAAGCCAGGGAUGGUCUUAUCUUCUUGACCUUGCUUGCGCAUUCUCCAGCGAAAGCUGGUUUUCGUUUUGCUUUUCUAAACUUCUCUGUGGCACUUUCUCAGAUGCUCCCGUUUGCCGAGAGAGCAGCUUUCUUUUUCAGUUGGCUGCUCAGAAAGUUUAGAGAAUUACUUCACAUCUCAGUGCUAAGGCUGCCCCCCCUCCCGUUUUUGGCCCUUCCUCUCUCGCCGCCCCCCUUGUUCCUAAACGCCUCCUUCAAGAUUGCUACUGGGCAGGGCUCCAAAAGAGCAGCAGCAGCAACAAGGAGGCAGGAGUUCAAAGUUAGCAACGGGUUGCACAACUUCGACGCUGGGUGACUAUUAACAAGCUGGAGUAGCAGCCGCCGCCGGAACACCAGGGAGACUGCAACACGCCAGCCAGCUUGGGUUUUUUAGACCUGUUUGAUGUUGUUCUUCUGCCUUUGGGACUUACCAUGGCGCCCUUUGGAAGGAAUCUCUUGAAGACCCGGCACAAAGAUAGGUCACCAGCAAAAGAGAUGGGUUCCACAGAGCGAGAAAUUGUAGUCUGGGUUUGUCAGGAAGAGAAAAUUGUAAGCGGACUGACAAAGCGCACAACUUGCACUCAAGUAAUUGAAGCUCUGCUUGAAGAACAUGAAGUCACCUUUGCAGAAAAGAGGUUUCUGUUUGGACAGCCUAAGGAUUACUGCAUCAUAGAAAAAUGGAGAGGUUCUGAGCGGGUCCUUCCACCUCUUACUAAAAUGCUGAGACUCUGGAAAGCCUGGGGGGAGGAGCAGCCUAAUUUGCACUUUGUCUUGGUCAAGGCAGAUGCCUUCCUCCCCUUUCCACUAUGGAGGACAGCUGAAGCAAAGGUAGUACCAAAUCUAGAAAGACACUGGGACUUGAGCCCAGCUAAUUACAUGAAGAUGUUGUCAGUGGACAAGCAAAAGAGAAUUGUUAGGAAAACCUUCAGGAAGCUAGCCAAACUUAAACAGGAAGGAGUUCUGCAAGAGAGGGACAACAUAGAGACCCUCAUCCACUUGAUCCUUUCUCAGGACCACACCAUUCACCAACAAAUUGACAGAAUGAAGGAACUGGAUCUGGAAAUUGAACAGUGUGAAGCCAAAUUUCAUCUAGAGCGGCUUGAAAGUGAUGGAGAAAAUUAUGUGCAGGAGUCUUAUUUAAUGGCGGCAUCUAGUAGUGGUGAACAGAAAAUGGACAUGCCUCACAGCCAUCAGCAGGUGCAGGAAAGCUCAUGCAAAAGGGAGGGGAUUUUACAAGUAGAAGAAGGAUUAAAGCACCAUAAGGUGCUCAUUGAAAAGCUCUCUGCUGAAAUUGAGCAAGAAGUUAAGGACAUUGGAAGAAAUGGAGACACAUGGACAGAGGAAGGGCCUAAGGGCGAAAUGGAAAGUUCUGAUGUAGAAAGUGUCAAGAAUGAGCUGGAGAAAAGCAUGAAAGGUGCCUUAAGGAUCCAUUCUCAACUGAACUGCAUCCAGCAGGAUCUAAAAUGUAGGGACCUGAUGCUUCAAAAGAAGGAAAAGGAAUAUGAACUACUUGUGGAAGAGCUUGAUGCUUUGCAUGCUAAAGACAAAACUGAAUUUAGAUACUUACCUAGUGAGGAACAAGCAAAGGACAAUGACAUUUCCACCAAGAGUUUUUCAGAGACUGACAUUCUUCACAAAGUGACUAGUGUAGACAUAAAUGAUACAGACUCUGACACUGGAAUCAGUUCUACUCACAGUCAGGACUCAGAAACAGCAAUAGGGGACAAAUUACUGUUGUCCACAUAGUAGAGAACUGUUGUCUGCUUUACUGACAACAAUUUAGUAAUAUUAUAUAAUUCCUUGGAGAAACAUUAGAAAGAGAUAGAUAAGGUGGUAUCUUUUAUUGGGUCAAAUUCUGAUGGCGUAAUAUUUCCAAGUUAGAGAACUCCUUGUCAUACAAAUAAAAAUCAUAGCUAAUUAUUAUACAUUCUAAACUUACAUCUACUGAUACAGGUAAUUUAGCCUAAUUUCACUGUAUAGGACUAUUCAGAUGCGUUUAAUAAGGAGAGGCCCAAACAGACAGUGGUAGUCAUGAACUUAUAUCAUCUUAUAUAUACACUAAAUGUUAUUACCCCUAUGGAUGGUACAUCUGUGUCAGUUUCCCACUGACUAUUGCUUCUCCAUAUUUUACGUACAAUCCACUGCCAACGCAUUGGAACAUUUCUGGUGAUGGCCCUGCUCACUGCACUGUAUAAAAGAUCAUAUACAUAUUAAGAGCCUUUGAAAGCCCUUCUCUAACAAUCACACAGAACAAAGUUGCCAGACUUAGGGCUAGAGCUAGCUGUAGUGGUGGGAAGGGGGAUUCUUUUCUGAAUCACCACUUCAUAUACAGUAUACCAGGGAUGUUAUUUGCAAAACAAAGCUUAGGGGAGUCCCCAAAGCUUUGAGUUGUAGUAGCUCCUUAUGAGCACUUUUACCCACUGUUUGCAUCUGAAAAUUAGUAUUUCAUCUCUCAGAAUCUGAUGCACAUUUUAUGUAACAGCAGCCCCCCAAUAAUAUUUAACUAGAGAUAAAAUGAGGCUUUCCUUGGAAAAAAAAUAAUGGGUUUUACAGUGCCAUAGGACUAAAUAAGAUUUGGUACUUUUUAUUUGGUAUAUUGCUUAUUGUUACUACAAACAUCUUACAAAUGUAGCAAAUAUAAGUGUGUGUGUGUGUGAGUGUGUGUGUGUGUGUGAGAGAGAGAGAGAGAGAGAGAGUGAGUGAGUGAGUGUGUGUGUGUGUGCGUGAAUUUAGUUAACUCCUGAACUGAUAUUUUAGACCAGACCUCUCUACCUGGUACACCCAAGCAGUAUGUAAGCCAUGUGCUGAACAAGUGGUGGGCUACAGUACAUGGCUGCCAUGUUGCCUGUGGCUCUAGGGUAGUCUUUCCCAACGUUUGGGUCCCCAGAUGUUGAUGUACUACAAUUCCCAUCAUUCCUGACAAUUGCCCAUGCUGGCUGGGGCUGAUGGGAGUUAUAGUCCAACAACAUCUGGAGACCCAAAGGUUGGGAAAGGCUGGUCUAGGGGGAUACUGAUGUGAGAUACCUUUUUUAGACAACAAAUAAAAAGGACAAUAUUUAGGAUGGAUAAACAGAAUCAUUAUUCAUUGCAUUCUGACUUGGUGUUUUUUUUCUUUUUGUUUUAAAAUAAACAUCAACUGCCUGCCUCAGGCUGCAUACCAGCCUUACAUUUAAAGCACAUAACUUCCCCCAAAGAAUCCUGGGAACUGUUAUCUGCUAAAGGUGCUGUGAAUUGCAGCUCUGUGAGGGGUAAGCCACAGUUCUUAGGAUUUUUGGGGGGAAACCAUGUCCUUUAAAUGUAUGGAGUGUUUGCAGCCUUGUUUCUAAAAUGGCUGGAAAAAUACUCUUUAUAAACUUUUUGUAUGUGGUUUUGUUUGGUUUGAAUUUGUAUUGCUUAUGUUGUGUAAUCCAUCCUGGGACCUUAGAGUGAAGGUCGGGUAAUAAAUCUAAUAACGAUUUGACAUGGAAAAACUUUUUCUGAAUUCUCCAGAAAUUAUGUUCUGAAUGUUACAAAGAAUUUAUGUUCUGAAUGUUACAAAGAUUUUUCAUACAGAAUUUUUGGUUGACUGCCUCAUUUUUGAAAAAAAAUGUGGCUGCAUUGUUUGACAUGACAUUGAAUGCUUCAAGUUGACAUUAUUGAACUCUAACCUAUUUUUCUUAGUGAAAAUACAGACGAAUAGCAGACCAGCUAUCAUAGCCUUGUAAUAAUUUAUUCAUGCUUCUGAACUUUUUUUAUACUUUGUGUGACAUGCGGUGUAAUUUUCAAAUCUCUAACGCUGAGAAUAGGUUAAUGUAUAUCAUUAGUUAGUUUGAAGUAUUCCCUCAGUUUAUGUAAUAUAUACAAAAAGAUCAUUUCCAAGUCUUUCUCAUUGUACAAGCUUCAGUUUGCUAAUGCUUCUCAAGUGUCAUCGCAUUGUGAGGGAGAACUAGAUAAUUAACUUUGUGGACGUCUUAGUGAAUUUCACUUACAUUUAAGGCCUUAUUUUAGCCCCCCCCCCAGCUUCUUUACAUUUUUUAGAUUAAGGUCUUCUUGAUUCAGGGAGGGUCACAAUGAAGCAGAAUGGCAGCCAUUCAGAGUUUCUUCAGUGCAUGCCCCAAAGCAGGGAUGGGGAACCUGUGGCCCUUCAAAUAUUGUUGGACUAUAACUGACAUCAUUCCUGACUGUUGGCCAUGAUGGCUGGGCCUAAUGGAAGUUGAAACCAAAAUAUCUGAAGGGCCACAGGUUUUCCAUCCCCUCUGGAAUAAAUGGGACAAACUCAUAUAGACAUGCUGUUUCACAUCUCCCAUUCAUUUUACUGUUUUUUGUAAAUGGUGUAGAAGUUUUCUGUAAUCAAACAGUAUAUAAAUUUUAUUAAAUAAUUAAAUACAUUGUGGUCUGACAUGCAUUAAAAUGGUUGGACCCAUAGUUGGGCUUGAUCUAAUAUUUAACAUUGUUCUCCCUAUUCUACAUUUCUCAUGACUCUGUAUAUGAUCAUUUUUUUUAUGGAAUAAGAAGCAACCACAUUACAAUUAUGUGAAGAUACAACCUAGCUUGCAACCAAAUACUGCCAUGGUGUGCUUAUUUGGGAACAGUGUAAGACCAGACUAAAAAGGAAUCUUCUGUUUUUAGGAGGAAACUUCACAGCAGUUGUCCCUCAAGCCAUUGCUUGGAAUCCAGGAAUAUUUAAGGUUGCUUUCUAGUUUUCAUGGAAGUGGCCACAGAGAAGGAAUGGGUGGUUGUUCUUCCUCAUCGUCUGCAACCAGGUCUCAUUCAAAGGGGAUAUGUAAUUCUCCCCGUCAUGUGAGACCUGGGAAACUGGAGAUGGGGAGUGAAGGUAACAUGAGUAACCCAUGCUUUCUCUCUCACCAAAGUGCAGUGGCCUUCAGCCAUGACAAAUACCUAUUCAAAUAAUGGGACAUCCAGCCUAAUGCUCUGCAUAUACCUCUGGAAGUAUGUCCUGCUGCAUUUAAUGGGACUUACUCCCAAUGCAUAAGGUUGCAGUCUUAGCAUGUAACUUUACAUUUUGAUUUCAAUCAGCCUUAGCCCUUCUUUUAACACACGAUGUGAAAGUAAAUUCUAUCUGGGACUCACUUCCACUUAACCCUCCUUGCCCAACAACUCUGCCAAGCAGUAAUAUGCACAAUAUAAGGUCAAGGGAAUAUAUAUAUUGGGAGGGGGGAUAAGAUUUAGGGAUGAUUUGUGAAUUUAUUCUGUAAAAAUAAAUGAGUGAGUGAGGCUUUUCCUGAGCCAUCUGUUGUCAUGAAGAAGCCAAAGGUUGUAAUGUGGCAACACAUCAAAUUAGUAGAGACACGGGCCCUAAUCCACCUGAAGUUGGUUAAGCUUAAAUUCCAUUGGAAUCAACAGAAUUUGACUUCAAUCUGACUGAUUUUAAUGGGAAUUAAGUGCAAGUAACUUUAGUUUGUUCAGGGCCAGAGGCUGAAACCUCUUCACUAAUCAUCAUUUAUUGUUGUCUGUGUUCUGCCUCUAUGGUAACAUGAACAAAAUAAUUCCUUAAGCUCUGUCACUAUAUAUCUCCAGACUAAAGAGAGGUGCUUAAAUUAAAAUAUUUAUGAAAACUUGAUGGAUCACUUAACAGCUCUUUGUAUCUAGACUACUGCCUCAUAACUUAAUUAACAUUCAUUUGCUUAGAAAUAUACAAGGGCAGUAAUUAGAGUUGUGCCAUAUGAAUUUUAAAAAAUAAA